AUUAAAUUGAAAAUAAAAUCAUAAUUUUAAUUUACCAGUUUAAUUUUUUUUAAAAAAAUAAUUUUUAUAAAUAAUUUUACAAAUUUGUUUGACGAAUAUGUAUGUGAAAAUUUUGUUCACUUUACUCCUCGUGGUGUGCAUCGCCGAUGCUGAUAUUCCGAGUGCUGAAGAAAUAAGAGAGAUUCUUAAGACUCACAAUGACUUUAGAGCUAAUGUCCAGCCACCAGCCCGUGACAUGUUCGAAUUGAGAUGGAAUAAUGAAGGAGCCGCGAAAGCAGACAGGAUGACUAGACGUUGUAUUACCAACCAUGAUUCGGCAGAAGAUAGAAAAAUCUCUAAAUAUGAAAAUGCUGGCCAAAAUAUAGCGUGGGAUUCGGAAAAUUUGAAUUGGAAAGUUCCCAUUGGAAGAUGGUACAAUGAAACCAAGGACUUUACUUAUGGAGGAAACAAUGAAGGAAGAAAUAUUUUACAUUAUACACAAUUAGUGUGGGCUGCCACUAAGGAAAUUGGAUGUGCCAAGACCUCAUGUCCCGGGAUCUUCUUAUAUACUUGCAAUUAUUACCCAAAGGGUAAUUCGGAUAUUAGUCUGCCCUAUCUCAGAUCAGAUAGACAAGCAUGCGAUGGCUGCUUAAAAGGUGGCGUGUGUUCAACGGGCGAAUAUAGUGGAAAAUUGUUAAAAGAAUGCGAUGAAUUUUGCGUCAACUUCUAUAACAAUUGCGAGGAUUUAGCUGCUAGUCCAGGUUAUUGUACGGGUAAUAGUAAGGAUAAAUGUACCAGAUCCUGCAAAUGCAAAAAUGGAGUUCCAAGUCAUAAUCAAACCAAUGAUAAGGGUAAUAACGAUAAUAGUAAUAAUGAUAAUAAUUACGAUGAUAAUAAUAAUAAUGAUAAUUAUGAUAAUAAUAAUAAUGAUAAUGAUAAUAAUGAUAAUAAUGAUAAUAAUGAUAAUAAUGAUAAUAAUGAUAAAAAUGAUAAUAAUUAUAAUAAUGAUAAUAAUUAUAAUAAUGAUAAUAAUUAUAAUAAUGAUAAUAAUUAUAAUAAUUAUAAUAAUAAUAAACAAUGCUCUGAUGCAUGGGAAAAGAUUCAUUGCGAUCGGGUUGUUAGAGAUGGUUUAUGUCGUGGUGGUAAUUAUCACGCGGAAUAUUGCAAAAAAUCUUGUAAUCAAUGCUGAUUAGAGAACUCCACGAAUCUUUUAUACUAUUAAUAAAGAUUUUGCUUUCCAUUAAUUUAAAUAAUGUAUAAGGGGUCAAAGGGGAUAUUGCUUAAUAUAAUUAAUAUAUAAAUCUUAAUAGUAGUAAUCUCCUAAUAUUAUAUAUUUAGUCAUUGAAAUAUAAAACGGUUUUUUUUCGGGGAAUAUUUAUAAAAUACAAAUU